AUGGAAAUGGAUAACAAUAUUCGAUUUGAAAAAGAAAGUUGUCGCAAUCUGAAGAGCCAUUUUGAAGAAUUAUGGAAGCUGGAUUCACCAGCUUAUCGAAUAGCAGUUUGUGGCUGUUCUAAUGCCAAAAUUCCAACGCUGAUCUUUGUUCUUCUACACUUUUUAGCAACUCUUUCUGCUGCAGUAUUUUUAAUGAGUGUCACAAUACCAGCAGAGUAUUUGGCACAAAUUUUUGGUGAAGAAGGAUUUGCGUCAUCCGUGCAGUUUAUCCAAGGAGCAUGCACUUGUUCAGUUGUAAUGUAUCUUGUCUUUGUUCUCCUUGCUAUUUAUGCCAUCUUUGGUGGACAGCCACAGUUUUUACUGCCCUUGAUACAUUUCUACACGUUAAUUUCAAUCCUCUGCGCAAUCCCAGUUUUGAAAAAGGAACUUGCAGUCCUUGAUGCAAACAACCAUAUUCUAAACGAAGACGUUGCCGCAACCAGUUACGGUGCAACUUUUCCAUCGGCGGUUACUUCCAGAUUAUUGAAUGCUGACGAGUACGAACAAUAUAUAAGUGGUUAA